CCUUUGUUACCAAGUGACACAAGAGAUACUCGAAGGCAGUGUGAACACUCUGUUUCACAGAUUCUUAGCCCAAAGAUUUCAAAUUAGAGAGAAACAGCAGCAGGAAAGGAGAAAAGUCAAGGAAGUGUGAUGAAGCAGCCUCCAUCCUCCUGGCGUUCUCCUGGCCAGAACCACCGACGACGGUGAGGGUGCCUAUGGGGCUGGGAUCUGUCCUUUCAGCCACUCUAAUAAAUGCAGCCAAAGGGCCAGUCACUUCUCAUCAGUCACCAAGGUCUCGUUUCUGAACCUCACCUUCACAGAAGCCAUCUCUCAUCAUGCCAAACCAACAGAAGAAAGUCGUUUUUUGCACAGCUGGGGUGCUAAGCUUCGUGUGCGCCCUCGGAGUGGUGACAGCCCUGGGGACACCGUUGUGGAUCAAAGCCACCUUCCUGUGCAAAACGGGGGCUCUGCUGGUCAAUGCCUCCGGGCAGGAGCUGGACAAGUUCAUGGGUGAAAUGCAGUACGGGCUUUUCCACGGAGAGGGCAUCAGGCAGUGCGGGUUGGGAGCCAGGCCCUUUCGGUUCUCACUUUUCCCAGAUUUGCUCAAAGUGAUCCCCGUGAGCAUCCAUGUCAACGUCAUCCUCUUUUCUACGAUCCUGGUUGUUUUAACCAUGGUGGGAACAGCCUUCUUCAUGUACAAUGCUUUUGGCAAGCCCUUUGAAACCCUGCAUGGUCCACUAGGGUUGUAUCUUUUGAGCUUCAUUUCAGGCUCCUGCGGCUGUCUGGUCAUGAUACUGUUUGCCUCCGAAGUGAAAAUCCACCACCUCUCAGAAAAAAUUGCAAAUUAUAAAGAAGGGACUUACGCCUACAAAACGCAAAGUGAAAAAUACACCACUUCAUUCUGGAUUGUUUUCAUCUGCUUUCUUGUUCACCUGUUGAACGGGCUCCUGAUACGACUUGCUGGAUUUCAGUUUCCUUUUGCGAAAUCGAAGGACACGGAGACAACUAAUGUGGCUGCGGAUCUAAUGUACUGAAAGGCAGAUAUCUCUGUGAUCCUCCAAUUCAUCUGCAGCUGACCAGAGACCACAACUGGACCUGGAACAGACCCCCCCUGCUUCUCUCCCCCACCUGCUGCCCUCAGGAGAGCGCUCAGUAAGAAGCAGAUGAUGAACAGAAUGUGCCACCAGGACCCUCAUCACAGCCGCCGGGGCUUAGGCUCCCUGCAAGAGGUCCUGAAAACGCUCAUUUAAAAAAAAAAAAAUAAUACCUUUUCCCUUUUGGGACAAUUUAUGAGAAACAAAUGACUAUUUGUAUCUCCAAUAAGUACCUUGCCCUGUUGGUGCUCUGUGGCCCACAGGCUGCCAUCAGAACACACCGUUAGUUUCCAGAUGCCUGUCCCUAAGUCCUCAUUCAGGAAAUACACCUGGAAAAUUUCUUUUUUCUUUUUUAAAGAUUUCUUUAUUUAUUUUGGCAGGCAGGGUCACAGGGAGAGGGAGAGAGAGAAUCUCAAGCAGACUCCCCGCUGAGCCCACGUAGGGCUCAAUCUCAUGACCCUGAGGUCCCGACCUGAGCCUAACCGACGGAGCCACGCAGGCCCAGCCCCAGACCUGCACCAUUUCUAGAAGAUCACAAGUCAGGCUUGCAACGAGGGGGACGUUUAUUUUAGCUCGAGCCGCUGGAGCCCAGUGCUGGAAGUCUUCACGCAACAGUUAAACCCAGAAGCAUUGGCAGCUGGGGGUGGGCAGGAAGGCACGAGGACCUUCCCCGCCGUGGGCAACUGGCGUGAGAUCCCAGAAGGCCGGGUCCCCACAUUCUCAUGUGACCUCUCUUUCUCUGCUCAGAGUUUUGAAAAAAAAAAAAAAAAAAAAAAAACUUCUAACACCAAGCUUUCUUCUUUAGGAAACAAGUCCCUGGUUGUUCUCUGUUCUGGAAGAAGAGAAAACUCGCAGCAGCGGCUGAAAAUCUAAUGAGAACCUAACAGGCAGACUAACAAUGGUCCCUGGAUGGGAAGUAGAGGCAGGGCGGCUGGUCCUUGCAAAUUGUGCCACAGACACAGAAAUAAAACAGGACACCAUCUGGGCCCUCGGAAGAGGGCACUU